UGCACAUACCAAGGAUUCCCUCUGAAAUUGAAAUGUUGUGAUUUCCUGCUAGAUCUGUACUCCCAUGUGAAGGACUAUGAGACUAAAACAGGUCUGAGUGUCCUUCCAACAUUACAGUCAGUUCUUUCAGCUCCUGCAGUCUGGUCCAUAAACCUCUCAGAGAGAAAGACCUCCAUCCUCCUGGAAGUGCUGAAACUCCAACCAGAGAAGAAACAAGUGGAGCUGACAGGCUGCUCACAUGAAGAGAGUGAAGUGCUGAGUUUCCUGCAGUGUCUGCCUUAUAUCUCACAGCUCAGUUUCUCGCCUUCAUUUUUACCCUCAACUCAAAACAAGUUCAUGUUGGAAGAGAAAGAACAGCAACCAGGAGAGAAGAUACUGGAGCUGUUAUCAUCAGUGUGCAGAUAUCAAACAUUCCCUUUCAAUUACAUAUUCAUGGCUAAUAACAAUGACAGGGAAUUUCAGUGUAAUUUCCUGUUGGAUCUGUGCUCCCAUGUGAAGGACUAUGAGACUAAACAGGUCUGAGUGUCCUUCCAUCAUUACAGUCAGUCUUUCAGCUCCUGCAGUCUGGUCCAUAAACCUCUCAGAGAGAAAGACCUCCAUCCUCCUGGAAGUGCUGAAACUCCAACCAGAGAAGAAACAAGUGAAUCUCACAGGCUGCUCACAUGAAGAGAGUGAAGUGAGGAGUUUCCUGCUGUGUCUGCCUUAUAUCUCACAGCUCAGUGUUGAUCCUCAGAGGUCAGAUCUUCAUGAAGCAGUCAGGAUCACUGUGAAUCUGUUCUGUGCAGCAGCAGAGAGAGAACAGCAGACAGGAGAGAAGAUACUGGAGCUGUUAUCAUCAGUGUGCACAUAUCAAACAUUCCCUGUUGAGGACAGAUACCUAUAUGAUCACUAUCAGAGUGAUUUCCUGCUGGAUCUGUACUCCCAUGUGAAGGACUGUGAGACUAAAACAGGCCUGAGUGUCCUUCCAUCAUUACGGUCAGUUCUUUCAGCUCCUGCAGUCUGGUUCAUAAACCUCUCAGAGAGAAAGACCUCCAUCCUCCUGGAAGUGCUGAAACUCCAACCAGAGAAGAAACAAGUGGAGCUGACAGACUGCUCACAUGAAGAGAGUGAAGUGAGGAGUUUCCUUCAUUGUCUGCCUUAUAUCUCACAGCUCAGUGUUGAUCCUGAGAGGUCAGAUGAAGAAAUCAGGUUCAUUGGGAAUCUGUUCUGUGCAGCAGCAGAGAGAGAACAGCAGACAGGAGAGAAGAUAUUGGAGCUGUUAUCAUCAGUGUGCACAUAUCAAACAUUCCCUGUUAAUGAGAAAUACAUGGAUGAUGAAUAUCAGUGUGAUAUCCUGCUGGAUCUGUACUCCCAUCUGAAGGGCUGUGAGACUAAAACAGGUCUGAGUGUCCUUCCAUCAUUACAGUCAGUUUUCCAGUCAACUCCUGCAGUCUGGUCCAUAAACCUCUCAGAGAGAAAGACCUCCAUCCUCCUGGAAGUGCUGAAACUCCAACCAGAGAAGAAACAAGUGGAGCUGACAGGCUGCUCACAUGAAGAGAGUGAAGUGAGGAGUUUCCUUCAGUGUCUGCCUUAUAUCUCACAGCUCAGUGUUGAGCCUUCAGAAGAAACGAGGUUCUUAGUGAAUCUGUUCUGUGCAGCAGCAGAGAGAGAACAGCAGACAGGAGAGAAGAUACUGGAGCUGUUAUCAUUAGUCUGCACAUACCAAGGAUUCCCUCUGAAAUUGAAAUGUUGUGAUUUCCUGCUAGAUCUGUACUCCCAUGUGAAGGACUAUGAGACUAAAACAGGUCUGAGUGUCCUUCCAACAUUACAGUCAGUUCUUUCAGCUCCUGCAGACUGGUCCAUAAACCUCUCAGAGAGAAAGACCUCCAUCCUCCUGGAAGUGCUGAAACUCCAACCAGAGAAGAAACAAGUGGAGCUGACUGGCUGCUCACAUGAAGAGAGUGAAGUGCUGAGUUUCCUGCAGUGUCUGCCUUAUAUCUCACAGCUCAGGUUCUCGCAUUCAUUUUCACACUCCACUGAGACCAAGUUCAUGCUGGAAAAAGCAAAGAGAGAACUGCAGCCAGGAGAGAAGAUACUGAAGCUGUUAUCAUCAGUAUGCAGAUAUGGAACAUUCCCUUUUAAUGAUGGAGACAUGGAUGAUGACUAUGAGUGUGAUUUCCUGCUGGAUCUGUACUCCCAUGUGAAGGACUGUGAGACUAAAACAGGUCUGAGUGUCCGUCCAUCAUUACAGUCAGUUAUCCAGUCAACUCCUGCAUUCUGGUCCAUAAACCUCUCAGAGAGAAAGACCUCCAUCCUCCUGGAAGUGCUGAAACUCCAACCAGAGAAGAAACAAGUGGAGCUGAGAGGCUGCUCACGUGAAGAGAGUGAAGUGAGGAGUUUCCUGCAGUGUCUGCCUUAUAUCUCACAGCUCAGUGUUGAACCUUGGAGGUCAGAUCUUCAUGAAGCAGUCAGGAUCAUUGGGAAUCUGUUCUGUGCAGCAGCAGAGAGAGAACAGCAGACAGGAGAGAAGAUACUGGAGCUGUUAUCAUCAUCUGGUCCAUAAACCUCUCAGAGAGAAAGACCUCCAUCCUCCUGGAAGUGCUGAAACUCCAACCAGAGAAGAAACAAGUGAAGCUGACAGGCUGCUCACAUGAAGAGAGUGAAGUGAGGAGUUUCCUUCAGUGUCUGCCUUAUAUCUCACA